UUGGGGCCCCAGAAGGGGCUGCAGGUGCUGGGGCCCCCGAGGGGGCUGCUGCUGCUGCAAGGUCUCUCCAGAGGCUUUGCCAAGGUAGCCAAGACCCGGAGCAGCAGAGAAGUGAGAGAAGCUGAGGACUCUGCCCCAGUUUUUCAGUAUGUGGGGGAGAGGUCCAAGCGGAGGGAGAGGGUGUUUGUCUGGGGUUUCUGUCAUGCUGGGGCCCUCGGGAUCCCCAGCUUCGUUAAGCCUGAUGCAGGCUGGAAAAAGCGCCGGAGGAUACAGCCCACACCCUACCGCCUGGACACAGCUGAGAAGAUAUCCUCUGCAGCAUGUGGCUAUGGCUUCACGCUAAUAUCCUCAAAAACCACUGACAUUACCAAAGUUUGGGGCAUGGGGCUGAACAAGGAUUCUCAGCUUGGCUUUCAGAGAAGCAGGAAGGAUCGAACUAAAGGCUAUGAGUAUGUCUUGGAACCAUCUCCCAUUCCAUUACCACUGGACACUCCCCAGGAGACUCGGAUCUUGCAGGUGUCUUGCGGGAGAGCUCAUUCCCUGAUCCUGACGGACAAGGAAGGAGUCUUCAGCAUGGGCAACAAUUCCUAUGGGCAGUGUGGCCGAAAAGUUACUGAAGGUGAAAUUUACAGUGAGAGCCAUCUAAUUCACCAACUGCAAAAGUUUGGUGGCAGGGUUGUGCAGGUCGUCUGUGGGCAGGAUCACAGUCUGUUCAGGACUGAGAGAGGCGAGGUUUACUCUUGUGGAUGGGGAGCUGAUGGACAAACAGGUGUUGGCCAUUACAAUAUCACCAGUGUGCCCACCAAAGUGGGUGGAGAUAUUGCUGGAGUAAAUAUUGUGCAGGUCGCCACGUAUGGGGACAGCUGUCUGGCUGUUUCUGAUGAAGGAGACCUCUUUGGGUGGGGAAACUCUGAAUACAUGCAGCUGGCAUCCAUCACAGAGAUGACACAGGUGAAUGUUCCAAGGCACUUACCAUUCAAGAUUGGGAAGAUAAAGGAUGCUGCAUGUGGAGGGACAGGCAAUGCUGUUGUAAACGGAGAAGGAAAUGUCUUUGUCUGGGGAUAUGGAAUUCUUGGGAAAGGACCAAACCUGACGGAAACAGCAACUCCAGAAAUGAUCCCACCCACACUCUUUGGCUUGUCAGACUUCAGUCCCGACACCCGCAUUUCUCGCAUUCGCUGCGGACUGAGCCACUUUGCUGCACUUAACAACAGAGGAGAGCUGUUUGUAUGGGGCAAGAAUAUAAGGGGGUGCUUGGGGAUUGGAAGAAUGGAAGACCAGUAUUUCCCAUGGAGGCUGUGCUGUACCUCAGCUAUGCAUGGGGAAUGGCUGGUAAAAGAUGAACCCAUGAUCACUUUCAUUAAGGAGAAGCCCUUGUGCUCAUGUUAAGUAAUAUAAUACUGCACUGACUACACACACAGAGCAUGUGAAGAACCUCUGCGAUGCUGGGAACCUUGUUAACUGUUUUUUCAUGUCCAGAGCCUCCAGUUACUCUUGGGGAGAGAGCCUUGCAUUCCUCCCAUAGGGAUGGUGAAAAGAUGAGCAUAUCAAAGAGUCCAACCACCCUCCGGCCAAGCCCCCAGGCAGCAAUGUUCUGCUAAUGUGUAGGGAUUAAGGCAAGAAGGCGAGCUGUUUUAUGACCAUUUUACUGUGUUCCUCCAUGAGGAAAUUGCAGUACAUAGUAUUAGGUGCACUUACUUGUACAGAUGGUAGUAGAGUUGUAAACGAGUAUACAUCACUGCUGUCACGUUCAGCGGGUGGUGGCCUGAGCCAACCAUGUUUCCUACAGGAAAAGUUGUAUUAUGGGAUGAAAUAAAUAUGUGCUGACAAAUA